AUGAUUCUCCCGGGAGCAACCCUCCUACCCCGCCAAAUCCUCACCCACACUGUCUCACAAACCCUUCAAACCCAACCGUGCGGCGUCGACCUGACUCUCGCCCGCGUUCUCACGUGGGCGGGCGCCGCCGGCGCCGCCGGCGCCAUCGAUUUCUCCAACACGCGUCGCUGCACCGCGCCAACCACAGUACUUUUUCCAAAGUCCCACAACUUUGCCGAGGUGCAGCAGAAGCAAAAGCAAUCCGACGACGAAGAACACGCCAAGACAGACAGCAUCCACCUCUCGCAAGGCUCCUACCUGCUCGAGUUCAACGAGAAAGUCGCCAUGCCGCUGGAUUGCAUGGGUCAGCUUUUCCCACGCAGCAGUCUCUGGCGAUCGGGUGCGGUGCUGCAUGCAGGCGUGGUGGAUGCCGGCUACGAAGGGGCGCUGGGCGGGUUACUGCAAGUGCUGAAUCCAGCCGGGUUGCGGCUGUGGGAGAAUGCGCGGGUGGCGCAGAUGGUGGUGAGUAGCAUGGAGGGGACGGUCGAAAAGGGGUAUGAGGGAGUGUACCAGGGGAGUGAAAGGGUGGGAUAG